AGUUUUAAUCAUGCUUCCAUUAAAAAUCGAAAUGAUGUGAAAUCAGAUGGUCGUUUGGCGGCGGCGGAUGGCGGGAAAGAGGAAGAGGAAGAGCGGCGGCGAGCGGCGAGCGAUCCACCACCGAAAUAAGUACGCAGAUAAUCCGCCGGAUUUCGCGCUGCUGGCGUCGUUAUACCCGAGUUUUGAGCCCUAUGUUUUCUACUCGCGCGACGGCCGCCCUAGAAUUGAUUGGACGGAUUUCAAUGCUACCCGCGAGUUGACUCGGGUGUUGUUGCUCCACGAUCAUGGCGUUAAUUGGUGGAUUCCUGAUGGGCAGCUCUGUCCUACAGUGCCCAACAGAUUAAAUUACAUCCAUUGGAUAGAAGAUCUUCUUGCCUUGGAUAUCCUUCCUGCCACUAGAGCCGAGAGCGAUAUCACAAAAGGUUUUGAUAUUGGUACCGGAGCAAAUUGUAUUUAUCCCCUUCUUGGUGCAUCUGUUCUUGGCUGGAAGUUCGUUGGUUCAGAUAUUACUGAUAUAGCAAUAGAGUGGGCAAAUAAAAAUGUUGAGAGCAAUCCUCAUUUAUCCCACUUGAUUGAUAUCAGAAGGGCUGGCAUGGGGGAUGAAAGGAGUCGCGUGGGAGAAUCACAAAAUCAUCCGAUUUGUAGCAGUGAAGGUGGUGGUGUUCACUUGGGCAAUCCAGAGGCUGAAAAUGUUGGCUCUCUGGCAUUAUCUGUUCUUGAAACUCAGUCGAAUGCAAAGGAUUGUGAUGGGCCACCUGUACUUCUAGUCGUCGUGAAGGAUGGUGAGAAUUUUGACUUCUGUAUGUGCAAUCCCCCAUUCUUUGAGACAAUAGAGGAAGCAGGUAUGAAUCCAAAGACUUCUUGUGGAGGCACCCCAGAGGAGAUGGUCUGUUCUGGUGGUGAACACACCUUUAUUACUCGCAUCAUCGAAGAUAGUGUUAUGCUCAAGGACACAUUUAGAUGGUACUCUUCCAUGGUAGGAAGAAAACUGAACCUAAAUAUUCUUGUAUCCAAGCUCUGGAAAGUCGGAGCGACUGUGGUGAAGACAACAGAAUUUGUCCAGGGCAGGACAUCAAGAUGGGGUCUUGCAUGGUCCUUUUUGCCGGUUUCAAGAAAGAUAUCGUCUCAUAACGUUGAGGAGAACAAUAUGUCUUUCAUGCUGGAGGGCCUUCAACAUCGGCAUGGCGCCUUUCACGUGUUACAGUCUGUGGAAUCCUACCUCUCCAGUAAUGGUGCAUCCAGUAAACUAGAUGCUGCUGCUUUUAAUGUCGACAUUACUGUUUCAAGGAAUCAAAUUGAUGCAAUUCUCAAAAGUGAGACAUGUGACCUAUCCAAUUCUUCAAAUGAUUACCAUAGUCACGAGGAUAGCUUGUGCUUUCGCAUUACGGUCUUCCAGCAACAUCCGGGAGCACUCUUGGUCCGAGGAAAAUUGCUUGAAAGAUCAACCUCCAUCUCGGGUAUGUUUUCUUUAAUUUUUCGUCAUCUUGAAGAAGUUCUGGCCAAGAAGUUCUGUCCCGGAAGAGUAUUGGUGAAUCAGCCCAGUCCUAAAGAGUGAAAACCCGGCUUGGCUACGAUCUUCAUCUAAGGGACAUUUGUCGAAAACGCUCAAAACUGUGAGUUUCCUCAACAAGAACUAUGCAAUUAGUUUUGCCGCUUGAGCUGAAAUAAUGUGAGCAGAAAUGUUUAAAGACACAGUUGAACCUGACUGCAAUGUGUUUCCUCAACCGAGUCACGUUUAUGCCGUGCUUCUCAGAUCAUGGAGUCAGGCAAACCUGACAAUAGAGGAAGAAAGAUGCGAGUUCUGAAACGCGUGAAAAGCGUGCUUUAAUUGUAUGUAUUCACUGCCCCUUUCUAAAACAUACAACAAUUCAUGUAAUGUAAUGUUUGUGGAGUUUCAAUUGUGUUGUGUAGUAAGGUUACAAAUUCACCCUAUCUAAAUGGUUGUGCCCAAAUUUUUAUAUGGGACCAACCAACUAAAUCGAUGCUACUUGACAAUUUGUUAGGUAAA